UCUCUGCUGCUGACCAUACUUGGCUCCUGUUCAGCUGCACUGCAAUAUGUGUGUGUGUCCUUGUACGGGCCCUGGCUAGACAAGUAGCAGGAGGCUUUACUGACAACCCCGACGGACAUGAGACACUUACUGAACCUUCCCCGGUUGGCCACCCGGGCUUUCAGCACAACUGCACGCCAGAUGAGAAACAAGGUGCCAGAGCGACAGAAGUUAUUCCAGGAGGACAAUGGCUUGCCAGUUCACAUAAAGGGAGGGACCACUGAUGUCCUGCUGUACCGUCUAACUAUGACCAUCACAAUUGCAGGUACUUGCUUCUCCUGUUACUGGCUCCUCGUGGCUUGCCAGCCAAGGCGCAAAGAGGACUGAGGACACAUUUUAUUACAGUUAUGAUUUCCUAAAUAAAAAAGCAUCCCACAUCAAA